CUUCUUGACGCGUUGCGAAAAAUUCGGCCCGAUCGGGUGGCAAAAAAAACCGCUGGAAUUAGAUAACCCAAAUUGGUUCUAUUGGGGACGGCACACUCUCUCUUUGUAGCCUUCACCUCCUGUAACUUAUAGGCCUCUUAUUUUUUGUGUGUCGCUGCUGCAGGAUGGGUAACCCUGAAGAAUGGUUAGAAACCGUCCGCAAAUGCGAGUACCUUCCCGAACACGACAUUAAGAAACUUUGUGAAAUGGUAAAGGAAUUGCUCAUGGAGGAAUCAAAUAUACAGCCAGUUCAAUCGCCCGUUACGGUGUGUGGCGACAUUCAUGGGCAAUUCUACGAUCUGCUCGAACUGUUUCGUGUGGGUGGCGAUGUUGAAGACACCAAUUAUAUUUUUAUGGGAGAUUUUGUGGACCGUGGCUACUUUAGUUUGGAAACAUUCACAUUAUUAAUGGUGUUGAAAGCACGGUACCCGCACAAGAUCACGCUGUUGCGUGGCAACCACGAGAGCAGACAGAUCACCCAGGUGUAUGGCUUUUAUGAUGAGUGUCAAGCGAAAUAUGGCAAUGCGAAUGUUUGGAAAUACUGUUGCUCAGUUUUUGAUUAUUUGACGGUAGCUGCUAUCAUUGAUGGAUCUAUCCUUUGCGUUCACGGUGGUCUGUCUCCUGAUGUGAAGGCGUUGGAUCAGAUUCGAACGAUUCACCGUGCGCAAGAAAUCCCGCACGAGGGAUCCUUUUGCGAUUUGAUGUGGUCGGAUCCGGAAGACAUUGAUACAUGGGCAGUAAGUCCACGCGGCGCAGGAUGGCUAUUUGGAGGCAAGGUCACGAGCGAGUUCAAUCAUAUCAACGGCCUAUCGCUUGUGGCACGCGCCCACCAGCUUGUGCAGGAAGGCUACAAGUAUAUGUUUCCGAAUGAUGAGCUGGUUACUGUAUGGUCUGCGCCCAAUUACUGCUACCGGUGCGGCAACGUCGCAUCUAUCAUGGAAGUCAGGGACACGCAGGAUAUUUCCGAACGCAACUUCAAGAUAUUCAAUGCCGUGCCGGACCAGGAUAGACUUGCACCCGGACGACCAGGUCUGGGAGGAUUAGGCGGUGGUUCGGGUGGUCAAUACUUUAUAUAAGAGAGACAGAGGCAGAGACAGACAAAAAAGAGGCUGUGAAAACGCUGGUUUCGUUUUUCUUUUUCUGUGCUAUAUUUUCUAUUCUUUUUUCUUGUUCUUUUUUUUUUCGAUACUACUUCCUUACUACUACACAUAGCACACACGCACACACGCAAUCACCUUAACCUUUGUAAUCUAUAUUUCUACAUCCAACUCUUCC